AUGUCUGGUGGAGUUGGACCAACCGGCUGUGACAUUAGCCUCCCAAAAGAACAAGAAGAAAUUGUUCACAAAGAACAACACGACCAAACUCUCAAGAACAAACCAACCACCAAACCACAAAACAAAGCUAGUUUCCUCUCAUUCCGACAACUCAAUUGUUUAGCUGUUGUUGUUGUCUUAUCAGCCAGUGGCAUGGUCAGCCCCGAAGAUUUCUCAUUCGUACUCUUCUCAAUCUUCUACAUCUACUUCAUAUCAAAAACCGCUUUUCCAACUCUUCACCCUUCAAACGAACAACCAAUUUUCAGCCGACAAAACAAAAUCCUUAAACUCUAUGUCCUCCUAGCAGCAAUCAUUGGACUCUAUGCUCCUAUAGCAUAUAUUCUACAUGGAAUAUUCGAAGGUGAUAAAAAAGGUAUAGCCGCAGCUACACCACAUGUUUUUCUCUUGGCUAGUCAAGUUUUCAUGGAAGGUAUAGCUUUCUCGGAUGGAUUUUCCUCUCCUAUAAGAGCUUUUGUUCCUGUUAUGUAUAAUACAAGAAGAAUUUUUACGAUUGUGGAUUGGUUGAGAGAUGAGAUUUAUAAGGUGGAUGAAGAACAUAGUGGAUCUUAUAGAAGGAUUUAUGCUGGAAGAGCACUUGCUGUGGCUAAUAUGGCUUUUUGGUGUUUUAAUUUGUUUGGAUUUUUGGUUCCUGUUUAUCUUCCAAGAGUUUUUAAGGCUUAUUAUUCUAGCCAGAAAGUUAAUUAA